AUGUCGUUAUUCCAGGAGAUUGAAUUGCCGACAGGCCAGAAAUACCAGCAGCCGCUGGGACUGUUCAUCAACAACGAGUGGGUCGCCACCGACUCCACGCUCGAAACCCUCAAUCCGGCCACCGAGCAGGUGAUCACCAAAGUGUACGCUGCCGGCGAGAAGGAGGUCGACGCGGCCGUCGCCGCCGCCAGAGGCGUCUACCAGAGCUGGCUGCAGGUGCCGGGCGAGGAGCGGGCGCUCAAGAUGCUGAAACUUGCCGAUAUCCUCGAGCAGAACGCAGAGCUGGUCGCCGCUGUCGAGGCAAUGGACUCGGGCAAGCCGCUGCACAGCAACGCGCGCGCAGACAUCGACGGCGUGGUGGAGUAUCUGCGAUACUGCGCCGGCUGGGCCGAUAAGAUCCACGGCAAGACAAUUCCGCUCAGCAACAACCGGCUCGCCAUCACAAGAAGGUACCCGCUGGUGGUGGGCCAGAUCGUGCCGUGGAACUAUCCGCUCUCGAUGUCAGGCUGGAAAUUCUGUCCGGCAUUGGCGUGCGGGUGUCCGCUGGUGAUCAAAUCGAGCGAGCUGACGCCGCUGUCGCUGCUGCUGUUUGCGCAGUACGUCAAGGAGGCCGGGUUCCCGGCUGGCGUGUUCAACGUGCUUUCUGGGCUCGGCUCUGUCGCCGGCCAGAGACUCGCCGAGCACCCGGACCUGGACAAGGUGGCGUUCACGGGCUCGACAGCCACGGGAGCCAAGGUGAUGCAGAGCGCGGCGGCAAACCUCAAGAACGUGUCGCUGGAGUGCGGCGGCAAGUCGCCGCUCGUGGUGUUCGACGACGCCGACCUCGAGCAGGCGGCCAAGUGGGCCUCGUUCGGCGUCAUGUACAACUCGGGCCAGAACUGCACGGCCAACUCGCGCGUGCUUGUCCAGGACACCGUGUACGAGCGGUUUCUGGAGCUGUUCCGGAAGCAGAUCCUCGAGGACUGGAAAGUCGGCGACCCGUUCGACGAAAAUGCUACACUGGGGCCAGUGAUUUCCAGGGCCCAGUACGACAAGAUCCAGCGGUAUAUCGAGUCGGGCAAGAAGGAGGGCGCGAGACUCGUCCUGGGCGACGAGCCGACCGGCCAGAGCACCGGCUAUUUUAUUCCGCCCACAGUGUUUGCCGAUUGCAACCAGAACAUGACCAUCGUCAGAGAGGAGAUUUUCGGGCCGGUGGUGGCGGUGGCGAAAUUCUCGUCCGAACAGGAGGCCGUCAAGAACGCCAACGACACGAUCUACGGCCUCGCCGCAAUGGUGUUUUCCAAGGACUUCCACAGAGCACACCGCGUGGCCGAGCAGCUCGAGGCCGGCUCCGUGUACAUCAACUCGUCGAACGACGAGAGCUGCAGGGUUCCGUUCGGCGGGUUCAAGAUGUCCGGCAUUGGCCGAGAGCUGGGCGAAAGCGGCAUCGACCUCUACACGCAGUCCAAGAGCAUCUACCUGAACAUUGGCAACAAGCUGUAG